AUGGCUAGACUCUGGAACAUCCUCAGGGAGAGGGCCGAAGGGGAUGCAAAGCCAAACAUCUCUCGGAUGGGAGCAUUCCACCGGCACCGCAAUCCUAAUCGAAUCGCGCACGCUUUGCAAGAAGUUACAGCAGCGAGAGGGAAUAUGGCGCCGAGAGAGCGAGCGCUGGCUCUCAAAGCCGGAACGGAGCCCUCUCGCCCUCACAUGGCCUUACGCAAUAGCUUGCAUGAUCAGCGACCUCGUCACCGAAACGACGAUGAGUACGAGCGAAAGGGUCGAGAGGAAGAGCCUCGUCGCAGACGGAUCAGAUCAAGCCGUGCCUCAACUGGCCCGAAGGCACUCUCGCAGCCUGUCGCGAAGAACGCCGAAGGAGCCGUUCACGGUCAUCAUGUGCUCUCCAUCCCUCAAAAAAGAUUCAUGCUUCAUCCGAAUGACUCUGAUCUGAGCCUCGUCGCAUCUGCUACCAACUAUGCAUCAUCGGUGGCGCAAGUCCAAGACGAUUGCCGGGAGUCCGAGAUCCCCGUUCACCUCGACGACAACAAUGAUGGCUACUACUGUUGCGAUUGUGGUAUUCGCCGGUCCGAUGAGCAUCACAAGAUCCGAAAAUUUCGUCUCGGAGAGCCAGACUGGCGCAACUUUUGCAGCUCAUGCCACGAGAAGCACCUGGCUAGUCGCGAUCACAAGAAGCUCAAGCAGUACGGCCAUUUCUGCUUCGGUUGCGGCUUUGCUAGAUCUUCUCGCUUCAACAAGGAGCAUCCCAUCCAACGUGGCCAGAAGCCUGUCAAAAACUUCUGCUCCCACUGCAUGAAGCGAAGAUCCAAAAGGGCUACCAUCCCCACGGAAACUGUGCUCGGAUUUUCAUCUGAUGACAGCGAUUCUGGUUCGGACGAAGAUUCGGAUGAGCAUCUCCGUGCGCAGACAUCGAAACCUUCUGCCCAGCAUCGGACCGCUGAAGAUGAGUCUGAGAGCGUGGCUAAGUCCAGUCCUCCUGAAUACCUGGGCAACACUACCAGUUCCCGCCGCGAGUCGAUUGACGUGUCUCCGUCGGCCUCUGUUCGGUAUCGACUGCACAAACGUCGAUCUGUCCGUGAGACCACCGUCACCGAUGAGAACGACGCCGCUUCCCAGGACUCCGUCUCUGUCGCUGGUGAUGAUGUGGUCUCCGAGAUCAGCAACAACUACCACUCGCCCUUGGUGGAGGAAGCUCCCGACACGUCAACCCUCGAGCCAGACGUUGCGCAGGUGGCUGCUCCCGCCGCUGGUUUGGCAACUUCCAAUCAAGUUCCCCUUGCACCUCGAACACCUAGCCCGCAAACGACACCCAAGGCGCGGCCCAAAAUUGUGAAGGAUAGUGCUCUCGGAUCUUCGUUCUGCUCCGAGCAGGAUUCGCCCUCCAAACGGGCCACCUUCAACGAGCGUGUCGAGGUUCGCACAUCCCCGACUUACUGGCAGAGACAGCACUCACAAAACGAUGAUUGUUACUCGAACUUUCUCCACGAGCAGUACCAUGAGGAUCUUCGCGACGGAAACAAAGCUAUUCCGCUGAAUGACCCUUUGAAAGAUCCAGACGGAUUCUCGGCGAGACGCUUCCAAGUACCCUGCACCGAGCCGCCCCGUUACAACCCGGACGAAGAGAGCUUCAAUUCCUGGAGCACGCCUUCCACCGGAUACGAUGCCUUUGCGACUACUAAGGGAGGAUGCAACAACAGUCCGCUCGCGGGACUCGGUUCCAACGCCCGAUCGCGCUCAUACAACACGCACGACGAGCCCUUCUCCAGCCUCCGCGAUCGCGACCCAGACUUGUUUGAUGAGCAGAGAUUCGACCCUCGUAACAGACAGUCGCAGCCGCGUACCAACCAAGGCUCUUACUGCAAUCAAGGAAAGGAGAACCAGCCUUACUCGACAACCUUCGCAGCAUCCGCUGAUGGUUUUUCAUCGCACAAUCACUCUGCAUACCACGAUGGCUUUGCUGGAUCUCAUACCACGAACUGGUCCUCUGGCUACGGCAGCAACUCCUUUGCCAGCCACGCCAAGCCUUCUCACGAAGAUGCUUCUGCCACUUGGGACACCCCGACACCUCAGACUUCUUCAUUCUCAAACCAGCCUGGCUCAAAGUGGUUCGAUCAGCCUACCGGAGAUGCCAACCAUACUCAACAACACCACCAGCCGCGAUUUGCACGCAAGUCUUGGGGAAAGAAGCCAUCUCACACUCAUGGUACCUCGAACCAGUUCAAGAGUCAAUUCUCAACCAGUGGCGCUGACUACUCGGCUCAGCAAGAGCCGAAGUGCACGUACGAAACUUCCGAAGGUGUCGCUCACUCAUUCGAGUUUCCUAGUGCCACCAGUGGCACUCAGUCCUCGCUCAGUGAGCCCCAGCUCCCUCCUACCGGUUUUGCUAUGGAAAUCCCGGACGACAUGUCCGAGACGGAUGUACAGACCAUGUUCAUCCCCGGCUACGACGACUACGUCCCUUGCCGGGCGACAGACUCGGCCUAA